GCAUUCAUACCCGGAAGUUGAAACACCAACCGAGGUCUCGUCGUCGUCGUCGCCGUCGCCGUCGUUUCUCCUCCGUCGAUCGCCUGCUCUACCACCGGCUUGUUAAGAGUGGUUGUCAUUCCCAGCAGGGAACAUUCAAAACAUUGUGCAGUAAAUUGAGACAAACCUGAAUCAAUGGAUGAGCUGAAGACAGCGAUGAAUGACCAUAUGGAUCAAAUGCAAGAAAUUGUUGAGAAACUUUCCUCUGAGCUUCGAAUCGGAUUGCAACCAGCUAUGGAUAACUUCAUUGGCUUCUUUCAUGCCAUUGAUUGGAAGGAACCUUGGUUAGUGUGUUUGAUGCUGUUCCACGUUAUGGUGCUGAUAAUAAUUUUCACCUCAAGGAAGAAUAUCAACUUUCAGAUGUCCUUGUUCCUUCUUUCUUUGGCUGGUGUCUACCUUGCUGAACGACUAAACACCGUCUUGAGUGAUAACUGGAAAAGCUUUGCAGGUCAGAAUUAUUUUGAUCGCCAUGGAGUCUUCCUCUCGGUGCUAUGGUCUGGUCCUCUUCUUGUUUUCUCAAUGAUUAUUCUGGUCAACACGCUGUUUUCUUUAUGUCAACUUAUCGUGAAGUGGAAACGGGCAGAGCUCAGGCACCGUGCUAGACUUUCUACUACCAAACAGGAUUAAUGCUUCUGAUCAUGUACAAUUUAUUCCCCGUCUCUGAGAUGCUUUCUCCGUUUCAACACGGUUUUAGGGGUAGUUCGUUACCGGCAUAGAUCACAUACUAUCUAUAUUCUUUUAGCAUCGUUUCGUAAGUUUUCCUCUUUGCUGCUUAUAUCAAAAUUUUGGAUGUUCAAUAGACAAUUGAAGUUGCCUUCUUUGUGAUACUGAUUUUGCCUUGGAGCUCUUUCCUGUAGAUCGUCGGUUUGAGUCU